CUCAAAAACAUUUGGUCAAGAUUACGAUCAAAGAACAUAUUUCAAAUCAGCAAUACAUUGUGAUAAUAUUGGAAUCAUAAAUUGUACUUCUUUACCUCAAAUUACGUUAAAGCACGCCAUUUUCCUGGCUAAUGCGCAUGCGCGUUCUUGAGUUAAUUGACAGGCGAUGUCUGUAUCUAAAAGGUGACUGGCUCUUUUACCUGUAAGGCGGGACUUACUUUCUACAUCCAUUGACCGUUGGGUGCUAGAGCUUCUUGGUUGGGCGUUCCAAUUUUUCCCAUUCAUUUAAAUAGAAGUGGCCCGUGUCUGCUAAUUAGUCUCUGGUAGUAACCAUAUACUGCCAUUGUAUGACAUCACUGAGCACAUUUUUUAUUUUUAUUUCUCCCUUUUUGUUAAGAAAAAGAAAGUCAUAUAGGGUUUUAACAACACAGGGGUGAGUAAACAAUGACUGAAUUUAAAUUUUUGGGUGAACUAAUCCUUUAAGCAUAUCGUGAAAAUAUUGUAACCAAUCUAACCUCGACUUUUAGUUGAUGUGGUUCCAGUUACAGUUAGCCUUCUUCUGAAAAUGUAAAAUCACUAAAAAACAAAUAAGCAAGCAAGCUAACAGACAACCCAUAUUUAAGUAAAACUAACUGUCCUAACAUUUCAACUAUGAGGCCUAUUCCUUUAGACACUGUGUCCAUUCUAAAGACUUUUUUUCUGGUGUGUUUUUUAAUUUUUUUAUUGAAGGUUUUUGUCAUAUAUUUCCACCCAAAUCACAAAUAAUUUUUACAUUAGAUGAUGGUAAGUCCAACUAUGAGUGUCAUAUCACACAUUGUUACUUUUUGGAAGAAAAAAUAAAUCUCCUUUUGAAAUAUAGCAUAGCAGCAUGUGACACAAGGGAAAAAAGGCACCAUUCAAAACCAAUGUCCAUUGUAAUUGAUACCAGAAAUACCUAUUCGAACAUUACCAUAAAUAGAUUUUUUUAUAUUAUUAUUAUUUAUGGCUGCAUUUUGAGUAGAAAAUAAAUGAUUGUUCUUAUUUUGUAUCCCUCACUUUUCACAACACACAUCAUUUCAAAGCAGCUUUACAGAAAAUGUACGCUGCAACAGAAAAUGAAGCUGUAAUGUCUGUAAUGUCUUAGAGUCAUCAUUGUGCGGUUUGAUAAAAAUGUGAUUGUUGAUUAUGCCUUGAAAAACAAUGUAAUUCUACCCAAUUAAAAACAACUAUUAAUUCAAUAGGCUUUAAAAGGAAAAGAAAAAAAACAGAAGAAACAUUUAUACUUUAAAAUAAAAAUGUAAUUUAAUAAGUAAUGCAAAGAUAUUACAUCAUAAAGUAUAUUACUUGAACAGUUUUUGCUGAAGGGUUGAAAAUGUCAUCAUCUUUAAUAUUUUGUUUGAAUUGAGUAAACCUUUUCAGAUUUUAGAUUAAAAUUGUAAUAAAUUUCAGUUCUAAAUAGGUUUUCUCAAAUGGGAUGUUAGACCUCAGCAAGUCAGAACUGGAAAUAGUUAGGAUGAUGUUCAGUACAGUAAGUUCCUCUGAAAUCUAUGUUGAUAUUAGACAAUCAAAGAUAAUAUAAUCUAUCAUGCUUCCUUAAGGUGCCAAUAGAAGACUUGUUAACAUUGACCUAAUUUUUCUGUCUGGUUAAUGGAAAGAUAUGUGUGAGUAUUUCUUUGACGCACAAGCAGGCAAAGCAUUACGUAAGUGAAAAGUGUUUUUAUUCAGAUAAAAAGUUGUGAGCAAGACCUUUGCUUUCAUAUACAGUAUGUGUGUAUCAGUAAAGAUAACAUUUAUGUGUCAAUGAAUUUUGUUUGCCCAUGCAUUGAUAUUUAGGCUACUGUAAAAACAAAGAGCAAAAUGAAUUUUCUUACAGCUGAAAUGAUAAAUGUAUGUGUCUCAUUGAGUCAGCUUUAUACCCUUAUCAAACAAGCUCAGCACUUUGUUCUUAGACUUGAACGUACAGUUAGUUGUGAACACUGGUAAAAAUGUCUAUGUCUAAAGCCUAAUGAAUAGCAGAAGGAUGGGGUUUCGGAAUUUGUUUGAUAGGAAACGGGGCAAGUACUUAAUGUUUUUGGGGGACUCGGGGGCUGUGGAGAGAGUAGUUUAGUUUUAAUUAUAUAUGAUUAUUAUAUUUACUCUUUUUUUUCUUAUUUGUGACCACAAGGGUGUUCGUUGGGAGUCAGUGUGGGGUUGGUGAUUGGGGAGGGGUAAUAGUGGGGGUUAAAUGUUGAUUCAAUAAUAUAUAUGUUGUGUUUUUUCUUUGUUAUAUGUCUAUGAAUAAAUAAAAAAAUGUUAAUUGAAAAAAAGAAGAAAAAAAAAGCCUAAUGAAUAAUUAUGCUGUGAAGUUGAUUAAUUCUGAUACUGAAUAUUACAUGAAUGCCUGAAAGAUAAAUGUUACUAUACACCAGACAUUACACCAAACAAACAGUUAGAAACAAAAUAUUAAAUCUAACAACACUCUUUCAGUCACACAUAUUUGUAAAUAUGUAAAAUCAUGUACAAUGGGGGCCUGGGUAGCUCAGCGAGUAUUGACGCUGACUACCACUCCUGGAGUCGCGAGUUCGAAUCCAGGGUGUGCUGAGUGACUCCAGCCAGGUCUCCUAAGCAACCAAAUUGACCCAGUGGCUAGGGAGGGUAGAGUCACAUGUGGUAACCUCCUCGUGGUCACAAUUAGGGGUUCUCGCUCUCAGUGGGGCGCGUGGUAAGUUGUGCGUGGAUCACGGAGAGUAGCAUGAGCCUCCACAUGCUGCGAGUCUCUGCAGUGUCAUGCACAACGAGCCACAUGAUAAAAUGCGCGGAUUGUCUGUCUCAGAAGCGGAGGCAACUGAGACUUUUUCUCCGCCACCUGGAUUGAGGUGAGUAACCACGCCACCACGAGGACCUACUAAGUAGUGGAAAUUGGGCAUUCCAAAUUGGGAGGAAAAGGGGCUAAAAAAAAUUGUGUCAAUGUUACUGCCCUAACUAUGCAUAAUAAAAAAUUUUCUAACUCAAAAUGCAGUGUAUUCAAAUGAUGCUGAGAGAGAAUGUUUUUGUUUUUUUUAACAGUGCAAACCUAAAAAUGUUUGUUGUUUGAGGUACUUUGGUCAAACGUUGAGGUAAAAAAUGUGUCAAAAACUAAAGUAAAAAAAAAAAUGUAUUCCUUACAUUUCAAUGCUGUUUUGAGUUCUCAACUCAUAUGUUCAGAAUAUCACAUGAAUAUCAGGUGUUUUAAGAUCACAGCUGUGUUUGCCAUACUUUAUAUAAUUUUUUUGUUGUUGUUUUUUUGUUUUUGUUUAAAGCAUUUAUUUAAAGUAUUACUUACAGGUACUCUUUAGAAACUGCAUUGAAUGGAAGAAUCAUCCAUUUUCAUAUCACCUUGGUAAUAUUGUGUUGAUAAAGAUCUUUCAAUUGAGAAGAUGGGAACAUUUCAAAGCACAAGUAAUAUUGCAUUACUUACAUGCAUUAUUACAGUACAAUAUGCGACAUUAUGAUUCCUAUCAUACUCAUUUUGAAGUUACACAUGGUUUAUAUUUUGCCUAAGACCUUUUACUAAAUAAAACAAAAUUAAUAGAUAAAGAAGUCAGCCUGUAAGCACAACACCCUUCUAAAAUAUAGCACUAAUUCCCUAUUCAACAGUGCAAAAAAUCUUAUCGGUGUCAUUGAAAUUAUAUCAGUAUGUUUUUUACUCCUUGUAUCUUUACAACCAAUCUUUUCCUGGACAGAUUUGUACAUACUGUUUAUAAACAUCACAACAUAUUCUUACCCAACAAGUUAUCAAUCCACCUCUUUAAAUAUAGACAAGGCCACAUAGUCCCUCCCUGGCCAGGCACUGGCAGUACAACUUUACCCAAAUCUUCAUUUCACUUCAGGACAUACAGUAAUCUAUUAUGGGAAUGAAAGCCUCACUCAUCACUGUUCUAACUCUUCAGCUCACUUUAGGAGCAGGAGGAAGGAAUAUUGACCCUCAGGUGCAUAUCAAGCCAUACUUCCCUCCAGCCCUACCAACACUUGAAAACCUCAAUACCCUCUGUCUUCAAGGCAAUGGCCGCCCCAGAUAUCCCGCCAGUUGUCUCCCUGCUUCAGGUUACGGUUAUGUUCAUCGCGCUGGAAACGCAGUGAACAAAAUAGAAGCGUGGUUUAGUCAGUGUUGCAACAGAGGGGUGGCCCAAGGAAACAAACAGAUCCUUUGCUGUGCCAAACAGGCAUGGAAGACCGGCCUUUCCCAUUUCUGUUUUGAGGAGUACGCCACUAUGGAUUUGACCCACAAGUGUUGUAAGAAGAAGGGGAAAGGCAGGUGGAACUGCUUUGAAGAACAGGCUCCUAACCCCUCCUACCUACCUCUACCUAGUUACACUGCCCCCCUAAUACCACUUGACCAGAUUUUCACCUGGGACCCCAAGAUUUGUUAGUGCAAACUGAGAAGACAGAAGAGUUGUAUAUUAACAACAAAGUGUCAAUAAAAAAACAUAUGGAACAAAAUAGUCUGCCUAUUUUUUUUUUUUUUUUUGUCCCUUCAAUAACAAAAUCCAACUCCACAAAAUUAUCAUUUAGGAGUAUUCAUUUCUGAAAUUGUUAAAGGUUUAUUAAAUAUUUGAAUUAUGCUAAAAAUCUCCUGCAAAAUAAUAAAGUAUAUAUUUGGGUGUCAAUUCAAAAUAU